UCUGCCUCUCCUGCCGCUUCUUGCCAUACCCUUACCACAUGAGCAACACCUCCACACACACUGCAUUUAACUAACACGUGCAUUUGGACGUUUCUCCCCUCAAACCGCUGCCCGCCAAACGUCGGGUGGAGGAAGGAAAAGUUUUUGACAGCUUCUUUCUUGGAGUGACAGCCUGCCACAUCACGUUGGGGUCUUAGUGGUGAAGCUUUUUUUUUUUCUUUUUCCUCCCCCUACUACUACACCACCACCACCACCACCACCGCGGUGAACUGCUUUGACCCGUGUCUCCACCCUGUCACCUGUGUCAAGUGGUCGUGCUGCUCUGACAGCGCAGUCUGACCGGAGCGCUUUCCCCCGGCUUCAGCUCACCGCGUCCGGGCAUCAUGAGAACCUGGAGGCGGCAGAAGAACUUUGCCUUUCUGCUCCUCGCUCUGCGCGUCUGCUGCUGCCUCUCCACGGCGACGGAAAAUGCUGACAACACGGUUCACAAUAAAGAGGAGGGAAGUAGUCCAGACAAGGCUAAACAGCGAGGGGAAGCAAUCAAACCAAACCACUAUGGGACCACCGUACCUCUGCUGCUGAAGGGCAAGGAGCGCAGACCUUUCCUCCAGCUCACGGCCGGGAGUUAUCCUGCGUCACUCCAGCUGCUGGUACGUGCGGAAGGUGAACAGCUGAUCCUGUUGCUGGAGAAGAAUGAGGGUCUUUUUGCAAGCCAUUACACUGAGACACAUUACCGGGAGGAUGGAAGUGCAUUCACCGGUGCACACAACUUCACGAACAACUGCUACUACCAUGGGGAAGUCCAGGCGCAUCCAAACUCUGAUGUCACCCUCAGCCUUUGCUCGGGCCUUCGAGGUUUCAUCGCACUUGAAAACAAGACGUUUAUCAUUGAGCCAGCGCCUGGACAUGACAGCGGUGUUCACCUCAUCUACCGAGUGGAAGAACUCACACUGACCCCGGGAUCCUGCGGCCACGGCUUCAACAUGUCCUCUGUCGCCCCUGAAAACCACAUCAAAAGUCCCUUUCAGUCCUUCCACACGAGGCAUAAAAGGCACACUCAGAAGAUGACCAAGUACGUUGAGCUGAUCAUCGUUGCAGACAACAGAGAGUUUCAGAAACAGGGGAGGGACGUGGAGAAGGUGAAACAGAGACUGGCAGAGAUAGCCAAUUACGUGGACAAGUUUUACAGGGCCCUGAACAUCCGGGUGGCCCUCGUGGGUCUUGAGGUGUGGAGUGACUCUGAUAAAUGUCCCGUCACCCAGGAUCCCUUCACCACCCUGCACGAGUUCCUCGACUGGAGGAAGGUCAAACUGCUGCCACAGAAGCCUCACGACAACGCUCAGCUCAUAAGCGGGGUUUACUUCCAGGGCACCACCAUUGGCAUGGCGCCCAUUAUGAGCAUGUGCACAGCUGAGCAGUCUGGAGGCAUUGUCAUGGAUCACUCUGAGAACCCGCUGGGUGCAGCUGUGACUUUGGCUCACGAGCUGGGACACAAUUUUGGGAUGAACCACGACACUCCAGAGCGCGGCUGUGGCUGCAGGAUGACCGUUGACCGUGGAGGCUGCAUCAUGACCCCGUCCACAGGGUAUCCAUUCCCAACAGUGUUCAGUACAUGCAGUAAGAAGGACCUUGCUGCCAGUCUGGAGAAAGGUGUGGGCAUGUGUUUGGACAAUAUGCCAGAAGUCAAGGUGCUCUAUGGAGGCCAGAAGUGCGGCAAUGGAUAUGUGGAGGAGGGAGAAGAGUGUGACUGCGGGGAGCCAGAGGAAUGUAUGAACCCAUGCUGCAACGCCACCACAUGCACCCUCAAAGAAGACGCUGUGUGCGCCCACGGACAGUGCUGUGAAGACUGCAGGCUGAAACCCGCUGGCACCCUGUGUCGAGAGUCCAGUAACUCCUGUGACCUGCCAGAGUUCUGUACUGGUGCCAACCCUCACUGCCCAGCCAACGUUUAUCUGCAUGAUGGACACGCCUGCCAUAGCGUUGAAGGCUACUGCUACAACGGCAUCUGCCAGACUCACGAGCAGCAAUGCAUCACUCUGUGGGGACCAGGAGCCAAGCCUGCCCCUGGGAUAUGCUUCGAGCGAGUCAACUCUGCAGGGGACCCUUACGGGAAUUGCGGGAAGGACUCCAAAGGCUCCUUUGCCAAAUGCGAUGCGAGGGAUGCAAAGUGUGGUAAAAUUCAGUGCCAGGGAGGAGCCAACCGGCCAGUGAUUGGAACAAAUGCAGUUUCCAUUGAAACCAACAUCCCGCUACAGGAAGGAGGGCGUAUUCUGUGUCGAGGAACGCAUGUUUAUCUGGGCGAUGACAUGCCUGAUCCUGGGCUGGUUCUGGCUGGUACAAAGUGUGGAGACGGCAUGGUGUGCCUGAAUCGCCAGUGCCAGAAUGUCAGUGUCUUUGGUGUGCAUGAGUGCUCUGGGAAGUGCAAUGGACGUGGGGUGUGCAACAAUAAGAAGAACUGCCACUGUGAAGCACACUGGGCCCCUCCGCUCUGUGAGAAAGCGGGCUUCGGUGGGAGCAUCGACAGCGGGCCAAUGAGACUGGCAGCCGACAGUGUGGUCAUUACUGUGGCAAUCCUGGUUACCCUGGUCAGCCUCCUGGUAACCACCGUCAUCAUAUUUCUGAAGAGGAAGACUCUGCUGCGCCUCCUCUUCACCAAUAAGAAGAGCACGCUGGAGAAACUCAGGUGA